GUCACUUCAUAGUUCAUUCCAUCCAAAAAAAUCGAGCCAGGUGCAUAGCUAUGAAAGUACAUAUCUCAUGGGAGGUCAUUUGCCCUAUUUGAACAAAUGUCGAAAUCCCGCCAUAUUUGUGGAACAGAUCAAACCUCUCGCCAAAUUUCUCACAAGUCACAGCACACCACGGUGUUCUUGUUCCUUUUGAACGAUCGUACAUUACGGAAGAAUUAGGAUUUUAGGAGUUGUUUAGAAACAAUGAGUUUCCGCGACACGAACAAGGUAUGGGAGAUCAAAUCCCUGAAGCGGAAGCCUAAACAAGAAGAGGCUCAGAAGUUCCUGGAGCGGAUAGCCAAACAAGUUCAACCUAUUAUGCGAAAGCACGGUUGGAGGGUCAAACUCCUUUCCGAAUUCUGUCCGAAGAACGCAAAUCUUCUUGGAUUGAACGUAGGAGCCGGUGUCAAUGUAAAGCUUAGGCUUAGGCGUCCCUACCGCGACGAAGACUUUCUACCAUAUGAUGAUGUAUUGGACACCAUGCUCCAUGAGCUUUGCCACAAUGUUCACAGUCCUCAUAAUACCAGUUUCUACAAGCUCUGGGACGAACUUCGGAAGGAAUGUGAAGAUCUUUUGAGUAAGGGGAUAAGUGGGACAGGGGAAGGGUUCGAUCUUCCUGGAAGACGGUUGGGGGGAUUCUUUCCUCAGCCUUCUUUGUCUUCUCUACGUACCACUAUUGCUGCUGCAGCAGAAAAGAGGGCACAACUUACUACCCUGUUGCCACCUGGUCCUAAACGCAUUGGGGGCGAUAGAUCGAUCAUGGGUGCACUUACUCCCAUCCAAGCAGCUGCCAUGGCUGCUGAGAGGAGAUCACAUGAUAAUAUUUGGUGUGCUUCGGAGUCUUGUAAUAUGCAAGGAGAUGAUGAUGAUGAUGAGUCCUAUAUGUCAUUUAAACCUUCGGAUGUGGAUCCCACUUCAGUGAAACAAAAACCUUCAAGCAGUGCUGGUCCACAGGUUACUGAUGCAAUAACUCGAAAAAGAAAUAGAGAGCGAGAAAAUGCUUCGUUUUCAAUCUCUGCAGAUAGUCAUAACGUGUCUAGUUCUAUAUCAGGAUCAGGGCGUGCUGUCAGGGACAAAUCUCUUAAGAAAGACCAUGCAGGGGGAAUUCCACCACUUCCUCAGCGACCAUAUGAUCGUAAAGGGUCAGAGUUUGUGGACUUAACUGAUGAUCACUCAAAUGCAAGAUUAGGCUCUGGCUAUGAUGUGGUGCGCAGUUUAGAGAAUUCAGAUGCUUGGGAAUGCUCAAUGUGCACCUUGUUGAACCGGCAUUAUGCUCCUAUCUGUGAGAUCUGUCAAACUCGAAGGCGUAUAGAUCUUAAUGACAAGUAUAUUAUGUGGUCAUGCAAAUUUUGUACCCUAGAUAAUGCCGUAGAGUUAGAAAACUGUGAAGCAUGCGGCGAAUGGAGAUACUCUCAUGGCCCUCUGCCGAAGCCAACACCUAAUCUUGGUACUUGACUUGAAUUUCACUGGAUUAACUCUUUUGUAUUUAAAGUUCUUUUUUGCUGUUGUUACCAUGAAGAACAUUGUUUUAUUAUUAGUUUGACGAACUGGGGAAAGAAAAAAAAAGCUUUUGUCGAUUC